CUACAUACAUUGGCUAUCGCUAAUUUCUAGACAUUGUAAAAGAAAAAAUACUUUUUGUUAAAGUUUUGGUUGUCAUGCUGUUGAGUACCAAGAUUCAAACCUUUCCUCAUUUCUUGUCCCGUAUGUACAUUAAUUACGGUAAUAAUAUGCGUAAUAUGUAAUAUUCACGAAUGAUUUAAUUUGCUACAAAAAUAACCUUAGCCUUGCGGAGUGUCGUGUUAGUUUCAAUUUAAAAUAUUUUAAAACUUUAUGAUAUCGACGUGAUGGCUGAUAAAAUAAGAAUAAAUUCAAGAUUUGACCAAAAAGAGAAUUAUGCCCCUUCAGAUUCAGAAGAUGGUUAUUCUGAAAAUGAAAAGCGAUUAUUGGAUAAAGUACGUAAGAGAAAACAUGAGUCUGAUAGUGAAGAGGAAAUGUAUGCUUUCUCUGAUUCUGACGAGGAAUCAGAUCAAAAGGAUGAUUUGGGAAUAGCAGACAGUGAUGUUGAAGGACAGGAAAAAUCAGACGAUGACUUACCUGAUUCAAAAGCUUGGGGCAAAAAUAAACAAUCAUACUAUGCCACUGAUUAUGUUGACAAAGAUUAUGGAGGCUUCGGUGAUGAUGAAGAAGCUGCUCUUAUGGAAGAAGAGGAGGCUAAGAAUAUUCAGAAGAGAUUGCUAGAACAACUUGGAGAUGAAGAUUUUACCUUGGAUUUCUUUACUAAACAUGUACAAGACGCUGAAGAAAGAGAAACAGUAAUAAAAAGUGAUUUGAGCCAGUUGUCAAAAAGACAAAAGCUACAAUUGUUUGAAAAGGAAAGUCCUGAGUUUUCAGGUCUUGUUGAUGACUUCCAAACAAAACUUACUGUAGCUAAAGAUAACCUACAUCCAGUCUUGGAAUUAGUAAAAGAUGGCAAAUUACCAAAAUGUGCAGCAUCAAAGUUUGUAAAAACAAACUAUGAUCUAAUUCUAAAUUAUUGUACAAAUAUUAGUUUUUAUUUGCUUCUAAAGAGUCAGCGAGUAAACAUUCAAAAUCAUCCAGUUAUAAAAAGGUUGUAUCAGUACAGACAAAUGUUGAAUAAAAUGGAACCGAUAUAUUUGGAAGUAAUUAAACCGCAAAUAGAUAAAAUUCUUCUGGCUGUGAAGAACAACCUUGUUUUGGAAGUAAAUGAACAAAAAGAAGCUAAGAAACGCAAGUUAGAAAAACUUAUUUCAGAAUCAACUCCCAAGAAAUUGAAACUUAUCAGUGCAAUAGAAAAAGAUGAAGGAGAAGACACUGGAGUAUCUGAUGAUGAAGAAUAUGAAGGGAAUGAUUACUUUAAAGAUAACGAUAAAGUUGAAAAUGUGCCAAGAAGUAAUGAAUCUGAAGAAAGUGGUUUUUCAGAUAAUGAAGAUACUGUACUUGGUGAAACAGAAGUUGACCAUAAUAAACCAUCAACAUCAUCUCAACAAAUUGUUACAGAAGAUCUUGGAAUGAAAAGAGAAAUAACAUAUCAAAUUGCAAAGAAUAAAGGGUUGACACCCCAUCGAAAGAAAGAUCAAAGAAACCCAAGAGUCAAACAUAAACUUAAAUACAGAAAGGCUAAAAUCAGAAGGAAGGGUGCAGUGAGGGAACCUAAGACAGAAGUGUCCAGAUAUGGUGGUGAAUCAUCAGGCAUAAAAGCAAAUUUGAAAAAGAGCAUAACAAUCAAGUAAAGAAAUGUAUUUAUUGAAACAGUACAUCUCAUA